GGGCAAUCUGGAAAUGCAUGAAUAUAUAGUUCCUCUUGUUUGUGAAGCGAUUCUUAAGAAUAGUCUACUACCACCAAUUAUUCUUUGCACGAUAUAUACUCCAGUUAAAGCCAAAUCUAGCUAUCUCUUAUCAAGAUCGCAUGCACAAUGCCAUCCAACAAAGAUCGUCUGUACGUUGGUCUCUACGCGCGUGGAGGUAAUCCCACCAUGCCAGGCAAAGAAGACACGUACCACUGGGCCUUGAUAGUGGGACCAAAAGUUGAAGCAGAAGAUGGCAUAGGUGUUCGUUACCACGCCAAGGAGAGGCCAAAGUUGGGAGGCGGAUCGGAAUGGUUUUUCGAGGAGAGGGAGUGUCCACUCGCUCCUACCAGCAUGUUGCUUGUUCGUAUCGUGAUUGGAAAGAUUGAGGAUGGAAAUCGCUUAGUUCAAAUUCUGCGGAAUACGCCGAUUCGGCAAGGUCAGCCAGGUUGGAACUGUGUCGGUUGGGUAAAAGAAGCUUUGGAGAAGCUUAGAGUUGAUCCCAAGGCUCUAGGUACGAGCAUCGUUGAAUGGGAAAAGGUGCGCGGCGAGGCAAUGAAUUAUUGCCAACGCAAGAAAGAUCAGCACCGUUUUGACGGCCAGGGCAACUUUGAUAUGAGAAAGGUUCCAACAUAUGACUUGAUGGAGCGAAAGGAGAUCAUUGUAUAA